AUGCAGAAUUAUGAUGCAAGACAAGAACUUCAGCCAGCUGUUGUGAUUGAGCAGCCUCGGGCAAUAUCGCCGCUCAAGGUCGACGACACUCUUGCCACGACCACCCCAACGCCGGUUGGUUUUUCCGAAGACAACGAGGUGUUUGAGACGUGGCUUCGAAAAGAAUACAGGGGCACUGUGGACUUCACGAUCCUCCGCCCGUUCGAGUUCAAGAAAGGGAAGGGCGGCAAAUACGUCAUGGCGGUUUGUACCUGA